AUGGCAUCAGACGAUAUCGGAGGACAACAGCCUGUACGACAUGUCGUGGUAGAAGAUGCAGCCGUGAGAGGCCGUCUUGCAAACAGUGUAGGAAAGGAGGACGAUCCUGUAAAUAUUUGA